CUUUUAAAAGUCCAACCAUGAAUAGAGAGAGAGUCUAGACUCUAGAGUACUGUGUUGUGGCGCUCUGUGUCCAGUGUAUUUCCCACAAGUUUUGGGUACGUCCUUUGCUCGUGCACCAGUUGAUUUCUCAUUAACAUGGACAAUCUCCAAGUUGAAAUUGAUACCGGGAAGUUGAGGGGGGGCAGAGAGACCAGUGUCUAUGGGAGAGAGUAUGUGGCGUUCAAAGGAAUACCUUAUGCUCAACCACCAGUUGGGGAACUUCGGUUCGAGGAUCCGCGACCGCCACUGAAGUGGACCGGUGUGAGGGAAGCGACAAACUUCGGUGACAACUGUGCCCACAUUGAUCCAAUAAUUCGUGGUAUAGUGGGAAGCGAUGAUUGUCUAUAUCUCAAUGUCUACACAACAUCGAUCCACCCGCAGAUUCCAAAGGCCGUCAUGGUCUGGAUUCACGGCGGGGCGUUUGUCCUUGGAUCCGGUGAUGAUACCCUGUUUGGACCGGAUUAUCUCAUUGAUAAAGAUAUUGUUCUGGUUACAAUCAAUUAUCGUCUUGGAGUCCUAGGUUUUCUGAACCUGGAGAAUGAGAUUGCAGCGGGUAAUCAGGGCCUGAAAGAUCAGGUGUUGGCUCUGCAAUGGGUAAAACGGAAUAUUGAUAGAUUCGGAGGGGAUCCGGGUAACGUUACGAUUUUUGGAGAGAGCGCUGGUGGCGCGUCUGUUCAUUAUCUGACUAUAUCUCCUUCAGCUCAAGGAUUAUUUCAGAAGGCUAUUAUACAGAGCGGGUCGGCGAUAAAUCCAUGGGCCAGAGUACCAGGAUCACCCAAGCGAUACGCCCGCCAACUUGCCGCUUUAUUAGGGAAGGAGAGCGAUAAUCCUGCGGAAUUGUUGAGGCUCUUCAAGAGUGUCGAUGUGCAAGAGUUAAUACGGGCGCAGGCGAAAAUUCCCACGAAAAAUGAUAAAUUGCAUUUCCUCAAUCCAUUUGGACCAGGUGUGGAUGCACUAUCAAAGAAUCCAUUUCUACCGAUACCCCCAGAGGAGGCCAUGAAAUCCGGCAUCAAAGUGCCCUGUAUGAUCGGUUAUAUGAGCGACGAAGGCCUCCUAGUCCUAGCAGGCUUGAAUCUCGAUAUUGAUGGAGAAACGACAUCCGGAAUUAAUCCCGAGCGAUUCGCCGAGAUUGAUGAGAAGUAUCAGACCUGCAUGUUGCAUCCAACAGCAGUGAAACACUUUCAGCAGAGGAAUUUCUCGGUGGCUGAUGUCAGGAAAAUAUACUUCGGCAAUCAGAAAAUUUCCACGGAGACAGUAAAGAAUUUUGUGGACCUCCAGGGAGACGCUCAUUUCCUCUGUGGCAUUCACGAUGUCCUCGAUAUUCAGGUUAAAACGUCGAAAAACCCGACGUAUCUGUACAAGUUUGAUUGCGACAUGGGAACAUCUCACAUCAAAUUGUUCAUGAAUAUUAAUUUUCCUGGCACCUGUCACGGUGAUGAAUUACCUCUACUAUUCUACGCAAAAUUACUCCAGAAAUUUGGGGUUGAAGCUCCAGAUCCUUCCUCUGUCCAGUGGUUACUUAUUCAGCGCUUCACGGAAAUGUGGACUAACUUCGCCAAGACUGGGAACCCGACAUCGUCGACAUCUCAAUUUUUGCCGGUCACGUGGACCCCCGUUACGAAAAUGCAGGAGUACGAGUGUCUGAAAAUUACGGACGGUCUUGAGAUGACGAGGGAGAUCAAUGUUUUCAAUCGGUUGAGCUCGCAAUUGAAGAAUAAAUUGUAAAUGUUAUCGUAAUUGUUGGAUUCGUACGCAAAGAGAAUUAUUUUCAUAAAUACGACGGAUGUAGCGUAAAGUUUUAGGCAUUAUUGUUAUUAGAUUUUCUAAAUUUGAAUAUCUAUAUUUUUUUCUUAAUUCUUAGCAGAUGUGAUAAAUUUGUUACUUGUUAAAUGAAUAAAUAUGAAAUUAUUUUUAUCAA